AUGGCCCUCAGAAAACUCGUAGCACACUUCUGGAAAACUCCUCCUCUGAUAGGUUGUAUCCCGAGUUCCUCAUCAUCAACGAACCAAGGGAUGGAGGAGCAAUUUGUACUGAGAGUGCCUCCUUCUGUUGCCGAGCGUAUAGAUCGUCUUUUAAAUGAAACCGCUUCUUCCUCUCAUGACCAGUCACUUAAUUUGUCUUUCUCCGAGGAUGGGAGAAAUGGCACAUUUGUUAUAGGCGAUGAUCAAUUUCCUGCUUCCCUCUUGGAUCUUCCUAGUAUUGUAGAAUCAUACAAAACUUAUGAUGACAAUGUUCUGAUCAAAACAGCAGAUAUUGGACAAAUGAUUAUGAUCCGGGAAGAUGGUGAUCCUGCUCCAGAUGGCAUGGAGUAUCGCCAUGGUGUUACCCCUCCAAUGAGAGAUGCCAGAAAGCGAAGGUUUCGCAGGGAGCCUGAUUUAAAUCCUGAACUUGUUCAACGAGUUGAGAAAGAUCUGUUGAACAUCAUGAAUGAUGAAGUUGGAGAAGGAAGUGCUCAUAACACUAUGAAGAAAGCAGUUGUAACACCUGCAACAAAACCUGAUGUUUCAGAAGCUGGAACAAAUGUUGGGGAGCAUGAGAGAAGUGAUUCUGAUGAGUCUGAUUAUUCAAUAUGA